AAAAGUUGCCCCUGAAACGUCAUUUUCCACUAUGCUCACGCCCAUGUGAAGCUCUGCAGCUGCUAUCAGUGUCAAAAAGAGUUCAAGAGAAAGACAAGACAACAACAUAUAAACCAGAAAACAUUCCCAUUGAAUGCAGCCGGUUGGUUUGUAACACAAAAUGGCGUCCAAAGCGGUUUAUACGCAUAGAGAGCCAAUGCUGAAGAAGAGAGAUGACUUUGAGGACAUCCUUGAGGAGAGGAGGAACACCAGCGACCUGAGAUAUGCCCUCAGGUGUUACACUCCCACUCUCUAUAAAGGACUGACUCCUUGCACAGCCAGCGAACUCAAGACCAUGGUGCUGCAGUCUGACCAGCUGCUUUAUGUCAUCAACCAGAUUUCCAAGCAGACGGGCACGGCCACAGACGAGAUCCAGUCGGAGGCGGAGGCCAUCUUGGAGGAGAUGGCUCACCGCUUGCAGCUUAGCACGGUCCGCUUCUUUGCUUUCACACUCAGCAAAAUCUUUAAAUCUCUGUUCAGGAGCAUCUGUGUCAACGAGGAGGGCAUCCAAAGACUGCAACAGGCCAUCCAGGAACAUCCGGUGGUUCUUCUACCGAGUCACCGCAGCUACAUGGACUUUCUCCUCAUGUCCUACAUCCUCUACACCUAUGAUUUAGCUCUACCAGUCAUUGCAGCUGGCAUGGACUUCAUGGGAAUGAAGAUCAUCGGGGAGAUGCUGCGAAUGUCCGGAGCUUUCUUUAUUCGGAGAUCGUUUGGUGGAGACAAACUUUACUGGGCUGUUUUCUCCGAGUACGUCAAGAUCAUGCUGAAGAGUGGCUUUGCACCUGUUGAGUUUUUUCUGGAGGGCACAAGAAGCAGAACAGCCAAAUCCCUGACUCCAAAGUUAGGUCUGCUGAACAUCGUGCUGGAUCCCUUCCUGAAGGGGGAAGUGUUCGACGUCAGCCUGGUGCCGGUCAGCAUCAGCUACGAGCGGAUCCUGGAGGAGGCGCUCUACGCCAGAGAGCUGCUGGGCGUCCCGAAGCCCAAAGAGUCCACUUCUGGUUUGUUGAAAGCCAGGAAGAUCCUGAGUGAAAACUACGGCAGCAUCCACGUUUACUUCGGCCAGCCGGUCUCUGCCAGGAGUCUGGCUGAGGGCAGAGUGGACCGCUCCCAGUUCAACCUGACGCCGCGCCACAUCCCCAGGAAGCCCUCAGAGGGAAUCCAGGACUUUGUGAACGACUCAGCCUUCAGGCUGGUCCGAUCCCAGGAGGAGAACAUGGUUCUGAAGCCCUGGGUCCUUCUGGCCGCCUUGCUGCUCCAGAACCAGGCUGCUGGGAACAAACUGGGAGUACUGGUGGAAGACCUGACUGAACAAGCCGUCUGGCUCCGGGAUCUGUCCCUCCAGUUUGGAGCCUUCCUUCACUGGCCCGACGACGUUCCUCCCUCCAGAGUCGUUUCCUGCAGCCUUUCCCUCCAUCGCAGCCUGGUGAGGGUCUCGGAGGGGAGAGUCCAGCUGAACUUGGAACCAGAAACAGGAAGUGGAUCAGGGUUUCCUCCUCCUGCGAUGACGCCGGAGGAAGAGCUCUUGAGCAAGGCAGUGGUGGUGCUCUCCUGCGCCUCCUACAGGAACCAGGUGCUACACGUCUUCAUCCGGGCCGCGCUGCUGGCCUCUGCCGUCCACUCUGCCGCUGGCAGCAGGAAACAGGAGAUCUUCAACACCUUCAGCUUCUUGAGGAACAUGUUUUCUAACGAGUUCAUCCUUCGUCCCGGAGCCGAAGUUCAGGACUUUGAAGAAGCUUGCUACCUGCUGGUGAAAAGCGCAGUUGUUCAGAUCCACCAGCAGGAGGUGCUGGUCACAGAAAGGGGCCACCAGACGCUGGCGUUCCUCACCAGCAUUCUGGAUCCGUUUGUGCAGGGAUAUCAGAUGGUGUGCAGGUUCCUCUGUGAGGAGGCGACUGAGAGUCUGACAGAGAAACAGUUUGUUCCUGCUGUCCGGAAGUUCUUCAUCAAACACCUUCUGACAGGAGGGUUAAAAUAUGUCGAGGUUUUGUCAUCGGACCUCCAGAAAAACGCUCUGGCAGCUUUACUGAGACUCGGAGCGGUGGAGAAACUCAGAGGAGGAGCGGAUCAGGGAACUCUGAAGGUCAACACGGUGAUGGUGAACUCCCUAGAAGACACUCUGGGAGGAAAGCUGCCGACUCAGAAGCCGCUCGCUGCUCGACUCUAAUCCAGAGACGCUGUCCAUCGAAGCAGCCGAUCGGUGCAACGCGGCGGGUUCGCUCCUUUGAACGAAGCGACCCGAUUGGCCGGUUGAACGGGCCGGGCCAGCCGGGACAAAAGAGUCGCAUCAGAACGCGACUGCAGCUGGUUUGUUUUUCUCUUCUCUUUUUAUCAACCUGCAUUAAAGGUGGAUUAACGAGGUUCAACAGAGAUCGUCUGAAUUCACUCAGAACGGCGGCCAUUUUCUGUUCUUCCUUAUGCUUUUAAACGCUCUCUCACCCUCUGAGUGGCUUUUAGUUGUCAUUUGGAGCCACUUUUGGACCUACUAAUGCAGUGAGGUGUGGACCUUUACCUCAGACAGAUUUACUUUGUCUGUUAUUGAACAACUUCAUUCAGAAGUUUGCAUACAGUCACCAUUUAACCUUUCAGGGUGGAACAACAGAACUAUUAAAAACUGUGAUUUUUAGUAAGAUUUGAGUCCAUAACUCCAGAUUUAUGAUUUAUUUCCUCUAACUUAACAGGUUUAGGUGAAGCGUUCUUCACUUGAUUUGGUUAAAUUUUAGUAUAAUCUGCUUUUUAAUUCUGUCUGAGUUCUGUCUCCCGUGGGUUUGAGUGUUGUUCCCAGGCUUUGAUUUAGAUCGAGGUUUCCCAGAAGCUUAACGUUUGCCGAAGUCAUCCAAUUUGUGUUCCAUCCUGAUUAAAAACAUAAAGUUGUACCAGUAACUCAAAAAUAUUUGACCAGAGCUUAAUUUAACUUUUGUCAGCCUUAGUUUUCUAUAUUUAAAAAACAGAACCGAACUGUAUUUUUAUUCAGACUGGGUCUGAUUUCCCAUCCACUUUUAGGCCUUUUUCCACAGUGACAGAAAUUCAGCCAUGUUUGUUUACAGAGUGGAGAUGUUGCUACGAAAUGGUUCAACAUUCGCCAAAUGUUACAUGAAUCUCACCAAAGAUGCCAGUUUGAGUUUUUUGUUUGGGUUGUAGGACUUUUUUGUUUUGCUGCAGGGUGGAAACGGGGAGAAAACAUGAAAAUUUGGGGUGAACGUUAUAAAAAUAUAUUUGAUAAUUCUUUGACCAUCUUAGGAAAAAAGUUAAAAUAUACAUGAAAAGUUAUUGUCCUCCCAACAUCCCAAGAAAAUAAUUCCAACUUCUCUGCCAUGUCAGCUGCUUUAAGGGCUUAGAAUGCUGAGGUGAGUGAAUCUUCAUCGGUGCAGACAGAGCAUCUGCAUGGCCUGGCAAGAUAUUAAGUGGUUUCUGGGUAAUUUUCUUAACUUUUGAAGCAGUAUUUAUGGCAUUUGAGUUGGAAUGCUGCAGAAUUUUCAAUCUGGAUUAGUUCGAUAUGAAACUGGAUAUGUGAUGGUAAAAAAUACGGUUUUUAAAGAAGUAAUGCUGGAGGAUUGUUUACUUCAAGCGGCUUGUGAUAAAACACUACAUGAAUGCAAAGCAAAUGUUGACGUGCUUUUAAAACUUUAUCAAUUCAUAAAGAAAUUAUUGCAAUAUCAUAAAUGAUGUAAAGUUCAAGUUUGAAACUUGUGGGGAUCUAAAUAUAAAGUUCCCAAAAUUAGUUGGUCUGUUGGUUGUUCCCAAAACCCCGCUUUUGAUUCAUGCAACAAAAAGUGAAAGGAAAAUACCUCAAAUGUCGGCAUUUAUGUUGAACUAUAAACAGAAGCUGAUAAAUUGCAUUAUUAUUUUUAUUAUAUUCAAGGAAGUUUUCAUGCUCUGUCUCAUAAUACUUGUCCUCUCAAUUCUGCAAUAAUUUGAAAGCAGAUAUGGGUGUUUUUUUUUUCUUUUUUUUACGAUGACUUCAGGGUCAUUGUAGAUGGAAAACAAUAGAAAUCACUGCCAGAAAAACUCAGAAAUUUUUGGACUAAUCUCAGAAAUUAUUUAGAAAAAACACGAAAGAAUCUGCGCUGGAAAAGCCCAAAAUUUGCCAGAAAUUAUUAUUAUUAUUAUUAUUAUUAUUACUAAAAAAGUCUAAAAAGUCUAAAUCUUUCCAGAAAUAAACUCAGAAGUUUUUAGAUUAAUCUUACAAAUUUUCUGGAAAAAGAAAUUUCUGAAUUUCAAAAUUAGUUUCAAACUUUUUGGCUUUUGAAUGUCACAAAUUUCUGUAUUUUUCUGAAACAUUUCUGAGCUUAAUCUAAAAAUUUUAGAUAUUUUUUCUAACACAUUUUCAACUUUUCAAGCUCAGAAGUUUCCAGGUUUUUCUAAUUUCUGACACUAAUCUCAAGUUCUCUGAGUUUUUCAACUGAAAUUUACUCCUUUCUUCUAUCUACAAUGGCCCUAAUUUGCUGUUGUAGUUUCUUUUUAACAUAUUUUUUAAAAGAAACUAUGUUUUCUAAAUUAAUGUGUAACUUAUUGGUUGCAUUUUUUAUUUUAAAUAUAUUUGUGGAAGCUAAAUAUUUCCUGUUUGAGUGUUAGUGGAAGCAAAUACAGUUUUUCUGAGCUUUAAAUAAACAGGAAGGAAAGCAUGAACAUAAUAGCUCCAGCUUUAAGAGUAGAUAAGAGUUUUGUUGUUUUGUUAUUGAUUUUAUUGAUCUUAACCUGAAAACCCUGCAGGAAGUGCAGGAACUCAGCCAGCAAAGCAGCAAAAAAUAAUCUAUACAUGAACAGCCAAAGUUCAGAUCUGCCAUAUUUUUGUUUAAGUUUCAUUAUGUUCAGUGUUUGCAUUGAACUCUGAGGCUAAAAUCUUAAUAAAGUGUUUUCAGAGACAGUC